UGGAGUUCGAGUGUCGACUGUCCCUCGCUCCCUCUUCGAUUCCGUUAUGCUCCGUCUGUCGUAAUCUGCUUCCAACCUUCAGAUUGAUCCCGUCCAGCUUUUGGAGGUCUCUCUGUGAGCUCGCUCACUGCCAUUUGGAGCUCGUGAGCUGACAUGGAUCGGGCUCCCGCAGCUCGCCGGGCCGGCAAGCCCCCGGUGAAGCCCGACAUCUAUUCCACGGUCGUCGUCCACGGCAACUCCGACGAGUCCGACGAGGGGAAGCCGGAUGACGACAUUUACGCCACAAUGGUCUACAAGAACGAGGAGGAGGAGGAGGAGGAGGACGACCCCGCCCUUCCCUCCCUCCUCAAGCGCCUCCCCAAGGACUUCGGCGGUGGCGCCUCGAUCGACUACGACAACGACGACGAUGCCGGGGACUUCGGCACCAUGAUUGUCAAGACCGGCGGCCGGAACGCCAACCGGCCGUCGUCCUCCUCCUCCCGCAGGCCCCCGCUGGACUACUCCGAUUUCAAUAACAGCACCCUGAAGAAGAGGAUCGAGACCUUUACGGACGAUGAGGACGAGGACGGUGGUGGCGGGUUCUCGACGUUUGUGGUCAAAUCAAACGAGAAGGAGUCCGUGAGCGGGACGGUGGUGCGGAAGAGUGGUUUCGAGGAUUCCACCAUGGGAAGGGCUGUGGCGAGCAUGCAGGCUGCGGGGGACCUCGGAUUUGGAGGCAAACAGCAGAGGAGGAGGACCGAGUCGACUUCGCCGCAUCUGGGACAGGAAGCAGGGAGGCAUCAGCCUGCUAAAAUCUCGUCGAGUUCGAUUCCUGAGAGCGUGACCAGGGAGGAUCCCACCAUUAAGUACGAAUUGCUCAGUGAGCUAGGUAAAGGAUCCUAUGGGGCUGUUUACAAGGCUAGAGACAGAAAAACCUCGGAGCUUGUCGCUAUCAAAGUCAUAUCAUUGUGUGAAGGGGAGGAAGGAUAUGAGGAGAUACGAGGUGAGAUUGAGAUGUUGCAGCAGUGCAAUAACCCCAACGUUGUACGCUACCUUGGGAGCUACCAGGGGGAAGAGUAUCUCUGGAUAGUGAUGGAAUAUUGUGGAGGUGGAAGUGUAGCUGAUCUGAUGAAUGUCACGGAAAAGCCUUUAGAGGAAUACCAAAUUGCAUAUAUUUGCAGGGAAGCUCUUAAGGGGCUCUCUUAUCUGCAUUCCAUUUUCAAGGUCCACAGAGAUAUUAAAGGUGGUAAUAUCUUAUUGACUGAACAAGGCGAAGUUAAGCUGGGUGAUUUUGGAGUUGCUGCACAACUCACGAGAACCAUGUCAAAACGUAAUACUUUUAUUGGGACUCCACACUGGAUGGCUCCAGAAGUUAUUCAGGAGAAUCGCUAUGAUGGAAAGGUGGAUGUGUGGGCUCUUGGUGUGUCUGCAAUUGAAAUGGCAGAGGGACUUCCUCCUCGGGCUUCUGUACAUCCCAUGCGGGUGUUGUUUAUGAUCUCCAUUGAACCAGCUCCAAUGCUCGAGGAUAAAGAAAAAUGGUCCCUCGUUUUCCAUGAUUUUGUCGCAAAAUGCCUUACGAAGGAACCACGGUUACGUCCUACUGCUUCCGAGAUGCUGAAGCACAAAUUCAUAGAGAAAUGCCAAUGGGGAGCUUCUGCAAUGUUGCCAAAGAUUGAGGAAGCCAGAAAGAUCAGGGCCUCAAUGGAGCAGGCGCAAAAUCUUGCUCCAACAGUGUCGUUAGAUGGCGCAGUUGUAGGUCCAAGAGUGAACGAUGAUUACGGAGAUACUGUUCCGUCGAAGCCUCAAAAUUUGGGGGUUAAAGAAGUCAUUGCAACUAGUACUAUAAGGAAGCAGCCUCUUGAAGAUGGUCUUAAAGCAGAUACAGGAGGUGACUUCGGGACAGUCAUAGUUCAUGCUGGAAAUGAGAUUGCCGAGGCAUCUACGGCCAAUAAAACUUUAGUUACAGAGGAAACUGGAGCUCUUGAACAUGUCGAAAGCACUUCAUUUUUUGGUGAAGGCAGCAAACUGACUGAGCUUAGGGUUGAAAACAAGGUGGGUGCUGCUGCAGUGGGAGAUUCUCAUCGGGUCACACAGAAAGUGGAUGCAAAAUCAGCAAUGUUCGGUUCUCCUGAGCAGAUUCGUAAGAUAACAGAGGCUCAAGCACAAAUUGGAGGUGGCAGUAGCUCACUCAAGAUGGAGACCCUUGGUAAAAAGGGGUUCUCGAUGCAAGAUAAGCUCUGGUCUAUAUAUGCAGCUGGGAACACAGUGCCAAUUCCUUUCUUACGGGCAACAGACAUAUCCCCUAUUGCCCUCCUUUCAGACAAUGUGCUUGGAGGUGCACAAAGGGACAGUAACAGCGGAUCCGUAACUGUGGAAGCAUUGCAGGAGCUCUUUAUCGGCGAUGGACAGGCUAAAAAGGGUCGGCUGAGACAAAACGAGAUGCCUCUUCCUCCCAGCGUAUACCAAAGGCUCACCUCGAGUUCUACACUGUUGAACUUGGCACAAGCCCUAGCUCACCACAAAAUGUGUUACGAGGAGAUGCCGCUGCAGGAACUGCAUGCGGUGCAAGCCCAGCAGACCAUUCAGAAUCUUUCCGACACCCUUCGCACUAUCCUCCGCUUGUAGUCAGGAGGCCUUUUGCUUCCAAAAACGCAUGCAACAAUACCAAUUCAGUUGUCCUUGAGUAAAAGAACGAUGAUCUUUUUGCAGCUCGCUCUUUUCUUACUGUGUAUAUGAUUGGAAAACAGUUGGGUAAAGAGACUCCACCUAUGUUUCAGCAUGGGUGUGGGUCAAAAGAAAGGAGUGGAAAUUAUCAUUUUGCCAAUCAGCUCUCUCAUCUUGACAUCUGCUGAGGCAACACUGAGUCGAUGUUAUCUCGAACUCCCUGGCAUCAGGACUCUCCGAGCAAUUCCGUUCUAGAGGUUAGCAUUGUCUUGGCUGCAGAAGAAAUAAAGAUAGGUUUAAUUAAGAGAGACGCAGAUAGACAAAAUAGGUUCAGUAUCAGCACACACUCUUAAUAUUUCGAUUUGGGCUUAACUAUAUAUUUCCACUGCGCAAAA